AUGGCACCCCAGAUUCACAGCAACCAAGAACAAAAAGAGCUGAACUCCGAACCUGAUAGUAACGUCAUCCGAUCCGCCAACCAUUGGGCAGGUGCCUUGCCAGCCCCUCAGGGCCUCUACGACCCCGACCAAGAGAAGGACUCGUGCGGUGUCGGAUUUGUCUGCCACAUCAAGGGCCAGCCGAACCAUAAGAUCGUCUCCGAUGCCCGCUCCCUACUAUGCAACAUGACCCAUCGUGGCGCCACUGGCGCAGAUGCCCGCGAUGGAGACGGUGCUGGGGUGAUGACCGGGAUCCCCCAUGCGUUCUUCCUCAGAGAGGCCUCGCUCCUUUCGAUCGAUCUCCCCGCCCAGGGUCGAUACGCGGUCGGAAACGUCUUUCUCAGACCCAACCCGAUCGAAGCUCUCAUCGAGCAUAAGGCUACCUUCGAGAGAAUCGCGCUCACACACAAGCUCAAGGUAUUGGGCUGGCGUGAAUUGCCCAGGAACAACUCGAUCCUCGGUCCAGCGGCCCUCAGCCGUGAACCCAUCAUCCUGCAGCCGUUUGUUGUGCCCGACUCUAACGAAUCCGACGCCUACUUUGAUGAAAAGGAGUUUGAACGUCAACUCUACGUCUUACGAAAGCAUGCUAGUCAUGCCAUCUCCCUCGCCGAUUGGUUUUACAUCUGCUCAUUAUCCAACAAGGUCAUCAUCUACAAGGGCCAACUUAGCCCCAGUCAAGUUUAUGAUUACUACUACGACCUCAACCAUGUCCUUUUCCAAUCUCAUUUCUGCUUGGUUCACUCUCGUUUUUCUACCAACACAUUCCCCUCUUGGGAUCGGGCCCAGCCGCUCAGAUGGGCCGCCCACAAUGGCGAAGUCAACACGGUCCGUGGUAACAAGAACUGGAUGAGGGCGCGAGAGGGCAACCUGUCAUCAGACAAGUUUGGCGAUCAAUUGGAAUCCCUCUAUCCCAUCAUUGAAGAGGGCGGAUCCGAUUCGGCUGCUUUUGACAACGUCCUCGAGUUGCUUGUUGUCAAUGGUGUCAUGAGUCUCCCGGAAGCCAUCAUGAUGCUCGUCCCCGAGGCCUGGCAAAACAAUCCCAACAUGGAUCCCGCCAAGAGUGCAUUUUACCAAUGGGCAGCCUGUGUCAUGGAACCUUGGGACGGCCCGGCCCUUUUCACCUUUUCCGACGGUCGCUACUGUGGUGCCAAUCUUGACCGCAACGGGUUACGUCCCUGUCGUUGGGUGACCACAGACGAAGAUCUGAUGAUCUGCGCCUCUGAAGUCGGAGCGAUCACCAUUGCGCCCGAGACGAUCACCCGCAAAGGACGUCUUCAACCUGGCAAAAUGCUCCUGGUCGAUACCCAAGAAGGCCGAAUUGUCGAUGACGCUGAGUUGAAGAUGGCCACCGCUCAUAAAAAGCCUUUCCGAGAGUGGAUCAACAACCAAAUGCUUCGUUUACCCGAUAUUCUAAAGCACAACAAAUCGAUCAGCUCGACUCUCCUGUCUGACACACUCGAUGCAACCCGAAUCUCGGAAGACCCUCGUCUUCUGGCCUUUGGAUACACGCUCGAACAACUUGACUUGUUGAUGAGACCCAUGGUCUCCGAUGGUAAGGAAGCUUUGGGAUCGAUGGGUAACGACGCACCCCUCGCCUGCUUGGCUACUCAGCCUCGCUUGAUCUACGAUUACUUUCGUCAACUCUUUGCCCAAGUAACUAAUCCACCCAUCGACCCCAUCAGAGAAUCAAUUGUGAUGUCACUGGAAUGUUAUGUUGGACCGGAAGGUAACUUGCUUGCCCUGGAUGAGAGCCAGGCUGGCAGGUUAGCCUUGCCCAGCCCCAUCCUAAGCGUUCAAGAAUUCCGAGCUCUUCAUGACCUGCACACCUUCAAUCCCGCUUGGUCAUCCCACACCAUUGACAUUACCUUUGAGAAGCGAAGCGGACUGGCCGGGUAUGUAGUCACGCUUGACCGAAUCUGUCAAGCUGCCAGCGCAGCUGUCCAAGCCGGUUGUCGGGUGCUUGCUCUCUCUGAUCGAGCGGUAAGUGCGGACCGUGUUGCAGUCUCGGCGCUUGCCGCCACGGGGGCCGUGCAUCACCACCUGAUCAAAAGCAAAGAACGAUCGAAGGUAGCCCUGUUAGUUGAGACCGGCGAGGCCCGAGAAGUUCACCAUCUGUGUGUCCUGUUGGGUUACGGUGCAGACGGCAUCUGUCCUUAUCUCGCCAUGGAAGCCAUCCUGAAACUCCGUCGUGAGGGAUUGGUCAAAGUGGACUUGACCGACGUUGAUCUCAUCGAAAACUUCCGCCAUGCCACCAACAAUGGGAUCCUCAAAGUCAUGAGUAAGAUGGGCAUUUCGACACUUCAAAGCUACAAGGGUGCCCAGAUCUUUGAAGCACUCGGUCUACAUCAAACGGUAGUCGAACGAUGCUUUGUUGGGACGGCCAGUCGGAUCCAAGGUACCACUUUUGAACUCCUUGCAUUGGAUGCUUUUGAGUUCCACGAACGCGGUUUCCCCUCUCGUCAAGUCGUCCAACCGCCCGGUCUGCCUGAAUCUGGUGAAUACCAUUGGCGUGAUGGAGGAGAAGCACACAUCAACGACCCCGUCUCAAUCGCCAACCUGCAAGACGCCGUCCGUUCGAAGAACCAGUCGGCCUACGAUGUCUAUAGCCAGAACGCGCAGAAGCAAGUACGUGCAGUUACUCUUCGUGGGUUGCUCGACUUCGACUACGAGAGUGCCCAAUCGAUCCCGUUGGAGCAAGUCGAGCCUUGGCACGAACUAGUCAAGCGUUUCUGCACGGGUGCCAUGUCCUACGGUUCUAUUUCUCAGGAAGCUCAUAGUGCUCUCGCAAUCGCGAUGAACCGGCUCGGCGGAAAGUCUAACACCGGUGAGGGUGGAGAAGACGCUUCUCGGUCUCUCAUCAUGCCCAAUGGAGACACCAUGCGGUCGGCUAUCAAGCAGGUCGCUUCGGGUCGGUUCGGUGUGACCUCCAACUAUUUGGCCGAUAGUGAUGAACUUCAAAUCAAAAUGGCCCAAGGUGCGAAGCCUGGUGAAGGAGGAGAAUUGCCUGGACACAAGGUUUCCGAAUCAAUUGCCAAGACCCGUCAUUCUACUGCUGGAGUUGGCUUGAUCUCACCGCCGCCGCAUCACGACAUCUAUUCGAUCGAAGAUCUGAAACAAUUGAUCUACGAUCUGAAAUGCGCCAAUCCGCGGGCACGAGUGUCGGUGAAGCUAGUGUCGGAAGUCGGAGUUGGUAUAGUUGCAUCUGGUGUCGCGAAAGCAAAAGCUGAUCAUAUUUUGAUCUCAGGUCAUGAUGGUGGUACGGGUGCAUCCAGAUGGACCGGCAUCAAGUAUGCCGGUCUCCCCUGGGAGCUCGGCCUAGCCGAGACCCACCAAACUUUGGUCUUGAACGAUCUCAGAGGCCGAGUGUGUCUGCAGACCGACGGCCAGAUCCGCACUGGUCGUGAUGUCGCCAUUGCUGCCCUCCUGGGAGCUGAAGAGUUUGGUUUUGCUACUACCCCUUUGAUCGCCAUGGGCUGUAUCAUGAUGAGACGUUGUCAUCAAAACACUUGCCCUGUCGGUGUUGCCACACAAGACCCCGUCUUGAGAGCCAAGUUCACCGGGCAGCCCGAGCACGUGAUCAACUUUUUUUACUACGUCGCUGAGGAGCUAAGGACCCACAUGGCCAAGCUUGGUUUCCGGACCCUCAACGAAAUGGUUGGCCGGACCGAUCUCCUCAAAGUGGACGAAACCCUACGAAACCCCAAAACAGUGAACAUCGACCUGAGUGCAGUUCUCAAACCUGCAUGGAAGAUGCGCCCUGGAGUAGCCACAUUCAAGACCAAGCAACAAGACCACAAGAUGUACACCCGUCUCGACAACAAAUUCAUCGACGAGGCCGAGCCGGCGAUCGCGAAAGGAUUGCCAGUUCGAAUUGAGGCUGACGUGAAGAACACCGAUCGUGCCCUUGGUACCUCCCUGGCCAACCGGGUCUCCAAAGCAUAUGGCGAACAGGGACUCGAACGGGACACGAUUCAUGUCGAUCUUCGAGGCUCAGCCGGUCAAUCUCUGGGAGCCUUCUUAGCUCCUGGUAUCACCCUUGAAUUAGAGGGCGACGCCAACGACUAUGUUGGAAAGGGUUUGUCGGGUGGUCGUCUGAUCGUCUACCCACCCCGAUCCUCUGUGUUCAAGGCCGAGGAGAACGUCAUUGUUGGGAAUGUUUGUCUCUACGGUGCCACCUCCGGCGAGGCCUUCUUCCGAGGGAUCGCCGCCGAACGAUUCGCGGUCAGAAACUCGGGUGCGAUUGCCGUCGUCGAAGGUGUGGGUGAUCACGGUUGUGAAUACAUGACUGGUGGCCGGGUCGUCGUUUUGGGUUCCACUGGCAGAAACUUCGCAGCCGGAAUGAGCGGCGGUAUCGCUUACGUCUUGGACAUGGCGCGUGACUUCAAGAGUAAAGUCAAUUCGGAAAUGGUUGAACUGGGCACGGUUAACGACCCUCACGAAAUCGCUGAGCUACGUGGAAUGAUCGAGGAUCAUCGUCAUUUCACAAAAUCGGAACAAGCCGUCCGCAUCCUCCGCAAAUUCAAUGAAUUCCUGCCUCGCUUUGUCCGGGUCAUGCCCUUGGACUACAAGGCUGUCCUCGAAGCUGGCUCCAAAGCGGCCAUCCAAUCCGACCCCCGCAAAAACAUGCCCGGCUUUGACAUCAAGGGCGAUGCGUUCAACCCGACGGAAGACAAGGCGAAGACCAAUGUCAACGACCAGGUCGAAAUCCCGUCGGCCACGCUCGGUCACUCCGAGCCUCCGGUGGUCGAUCUCGAGGAUGCGAUGGUGGAUGAGGAGAGUGCCAAGAAGAUUGUCGAGAAGCUCGACAAGACUAAAGGGUUCAUGAAAUACAAACGGCUCAACGAGAACUACAGGAACCCCAAGACUCGGACGAAGGAUUGGGCUGAACUCUCGACCCGGUUGACGGAGAGCCAGCUCAAGGUCCAAGCCGCUAGAUGCAUGGACUGCGGUGUCCCCUUCUGUCAGUCGGACACCGGCUGCCCUAUCUCCAACGUCAUCCCCAAAUGGAACGACCUCGUCUUUAAAGGCCAAUGGCUCGACGCUUUGAAUCGGCUCCUGAUGACUAAUAAUUUCCCCGAGUUCACCGGUAGGAUCUGUCCUGCACCUUGUGAAGGUGCCUGUGUCUUGGGAAUCAAUGAAGCUCCAGUUGGAAUCAAGAGCAUUGAAUGUGCCAUCAUUGACAAAGGGUUCGAGAUGGGAUGGAUAGUCCCUCGACCACCAUUGGAGCGAACGGGCAAGAAGGUAGCGAUCAUUGGGUCCGGCCCGGCCGGACUAGCGUGUGCAGACCAGCUCAACCGAGCCGGCCACACGGUCACCGUCUACGACCGCAACGAUCGUCACGGCGGGCUCCUCAUGUACGGGAUCCCUAACAUGAAACUUGACAAGAAGGUCGUCCAGAGACGGCUCGAUCUCAUGGCCGCUGAAGGCAUCGAAUUCGUUGCCAACGCCCACGUCGGUGUAUCUACUGACGUCAACGAGAUCCGCGCCAGCAAUCAUGCGCUCGUCGUCUCUACCGGAGCUACUUGGCCUCGUAACUUGAACUUACCCAACCGAAACCUGGAUGGAAUCCAUUUCGCGAUGGAAUUCUUGCAACUGAACACGAAAUCGCUGUUAGAUUCGGAGCUCAAUGACUCGAGCUACCUAUCAGCGAAGGGCAAGAAUGUGAUCGUGAUCGGUGGAGGAGACACUGGGAACGACUGUAUCGGGACCUCUCUGCGACACGGUGCCAAGUCGGUGACCAACUUCGAGCUCCUACCCCAGCCCCCUCAGAGCCGUGCUUCCGAUAACCCGUGGCCCCAAUGGCCUAAGGUCUUCAGAGUCGACUACGGUCACUCCGAGGUUCAGACCUUUUUUGGCAAAGAUCCGAGAGAAUACUGCAUCUCCACUAAAGAAUUUGUGUCCGAUGGUGAGGGCAAACUGAAAGGUUUGAAUACUGUCCGAGUGGAGUGGACUAAAGAUUCCAGAGGAGCAUGGAAGAUGAAAGAGGUCGCCGGCUCGGAAGAGUUCUACGAAUGUGAACUAUGUUUACUAGCUCUCGGCUUCUUGGGCCCGGAAGAAUCGAUGAUCAAGGCGCUGGGCUUGAAGCAAGAUCCGCGCUCGAACAUCGUCACCAACAUGGCCGAGAACGAGCGCCGCUUCCAGUACCAAACCAGCAUCGAUGGCGUCUUCGCUGCCGGUGAUUGUCGUCGUGGACAGAGCUUGGUCGUCUGGGGUAUCCAAGAAGGAAGAGCGGCCGCUGUCGACGUCGAUAACUUCUUGAGCGGCAAAAGCUCGAGCAAAUUGCCCUUAAAAGGGAGCAUCAAACACCGAGACUUUACCGUCGACUCCUUCGAUUCUACUGUCGUUGCUUAG